UUUUCUGAUUACAGACUUCCAUUAAUCUCCAAGGUAUUGUUGACGUACCACAUUUUGGAAACGCUUGCUUUUGUAUACUCGCAUCUAAUUUCAUUUCAUGGCUCAACAAGUUCCAGAUCCAAGUCCCUAUUGUUUAAUUCGUUUUAUGGAAGAUGACCAUAUUAACCCCCGCGGAAAAAGGAUCCGAGAUGACCAACAGGAUAAGGUAACCAAGACUGUUUGGUUGGAACAACACUAUACUUCAAGGGAUUUUCACUUUGCUAUUGAGAAACGGUACCUGCCCCGUUCAAUCUCUGAUUCGGCGCUGUGGGAACAGAAAAGGAGGAGGCGGGAUUAUAUGAACAGCGCUGGAAGUGAGAUUGGGUUGGAGAAGGAGGUGGAAUCGGACCGCAAAAUGAUCUUGCCAAUAAUACGAUGCAGCCACACUAAUCUGAAUCAACACAAGCACAAGAACAAGAACAAGAAAACCAAGCAAAUAAAGCCCAUGGUGGUGUGUGAAGAAAAUGAUGAAGAGGUUGAAAGCUACCCAAAAAAAGUUCCGUGUUUCGUAAUGCUGUUAAUGAUAUGUGUUUGGGGCUGGCUGCUGACGUGUCGGCGGGAAACAAUAACGAUAGGGGGCUCGGUGGUUGAACUACUGAGUUUUAUGGUGUUUGCUUCGGGUGCGGCUUUAACGAUUCUGUUUGGAGAAAGAUUCAGUCACACCCACGGCGCUAUCUUUAUCUCAUGGGCCGUUCUAAUGCACGUCGGAGUUGAUCAUUCAAUCAGUUUGCUAUUCCUCGCCAUACUCGCUCUCUUCUUCGGAGCCUCUCAUGCACUUAGCUCCUUCUUUACACACAACAAUAACCAAAUCCAACAACACAUCCUUACUUCAAUCAAAAUAGUAAAGCCGGGGGGGCUCUCUUGAUCUGCAUACCAUGCUAUGCACCUGACUUCUCAGAAAAAAGUUUCUCUAGUUCAAAAAUCCAUGUAGUAAAAUUGUGUACGUUUGCUGUGUUAUUACCUAAAUCAGUUUUCCAAGGAAUUUUUACUAUCCCAUAAUGCUAGUUAUCAAAUCAGUUUUCAAAUUUAUUUUGAUUACAAAUCUAUCCUAAUAUAAUAAAAAAGUAGUGACUGGUUUGAUAACAAAGAUGUGGUAUUUGGGUUAUAAUUUUCUAGUCUUUGUAUUUUUUGUAAUUUAAAUUUGUAAUGUUGUGACUUGUGAUCGUGUUGAUUGUGCUACUUUAAUCCAUAUGGCUGGCCUUAAAAAGGUUUCUUUGA